UAAAAUUGUUUGGGAACCUUUUUGUAUGGAGUUCCAAGUUCGUUCAUUGUGGCUUAUGAAAAGUCUGUGUUCCGUUCAUUGUAACUUCUUUGAACAUAGUUAUUCAGCAGUUCAAGGAAUUCUUUGCUGUUACACCAUCCAAGGAUUCUUGCUACGUUUAAGUCGAGUUUAAGUCCUCAAAUCUGUUUUAAUAAAACAGUUUUUAAUUUUAUCAGCCCAUUGUGACCACUUUAAACAAACUUAUAUAACCAUCAGGAACAGAACAUUGAUACACAUAGAAAUGCAUCCCAUACGUCCCAGUGAUCAUAAUGUGGAACAAAUCAGUAUACAAUUUUAUUUGUAAUGCCAUGUUAGCUGGCCUAACAUGGUUAAUAUGAAUUUUCUGCCCUUGUUAGCAGUAUUUGGAUAAUAUGACUCAAUAUGUUCCUGAAGAUGAGUUUGAACAAAUUGUUAAAUAUGUUAAAAGAAAGAAGAAGAAAAAACAUGAAGAUAAAGAAUGGUUAGAGUUUUUAAGAGAAAGGAAGAAGGAAUGCAAAUGUAAUAAAUACUCUGAAUCUGUAAUGCCAUCAGUCUUAAGUAAAGCAAUGCAGAAUGACCCUAAAAAGUUUUAUAAUGCAGAUCUGGAUCUGCCUGGGUAUGGACAUAUGCAAGAUUGCCAAGAACAUUAUGAUGCAGUUUCCUUGAAGGCUGUUUCAAAAACAUAUAGGAGAACAAUGUUAGAUGUUUUGGAUGAUAUGGCAAAAAAAGACGUACAUGGAAGGGAAGAUAUUGUUUCAUUCUUACAUAAACCCAACAAGGAGCAUCUACAAAUGGUAGAGACCUUAUCAGAAACCAAAUAUAUUAACCACAAUAAUAAUACAUUAUUAGAACCUAUUCAGGAAGAGCCUCUUUGUUUGCCAGACAGCCAGUACUCUAUGCUGAAUGGUACAGAAUGUAUUUAUCAACAGUGGUCAUUUGAUAUGAACAAAAGUUACAGAUCAGACAAGCCCAAAUCUAACCAUGAACAUUAUCUACCUGAAAAAACUUCAUAUCAUGUAUCACAACCAGCUGUUCCCAAACUGCACCACUGUGGAACAAAUAAGGAAAGUAUUCAGUCACAAAAAAUUAGAAUUAUAUGGAAAAAGAUGGAUGCAGCUUUUGAUGGCAUACUCCACCUCUAUGGCAAGAUUCCUGAACCAGAUGGCAUCCAGGACUUUCUGAGGCGACGUGAGAGGGAAGCCGAAUUUUCUUCUCGCUUUACCAGAAAUUAUCUCUACCCACUUAAACAACAAGUAUGUGAGCUCAAGAAGCAGAUAGGAGAGUCAUCAACACUGUCUAGAGCACAGCACACACGUCAUCAGGCACUGUGUAAAAAACUGGUUGUAGCUCAUCAGACAGCACUUCAAGGCCUACAGGCAUAUCUUCAUCACAUGCUACAUUCUGUGCAAUGUGCUGCUCAUAACAAGUUGAAAGAUCUUGUGCAUUACAUUAAUGAAGUUUCUAGACUCUGCAAAUUCAUAGGAAUUGUGGUUGCAGUUUCAGCAUCUGAACCAGGGCCAGAUAAUGCUGAAAAUAAAUCCAAAGCACUCCUCCAGCUGAUCAACAAUAAGCACUUGAUCAAUAAAACUGAAGGUGAUCUGCUUAUAUCUCAUGAUACACCUGUCAGUGUAAUGUGUGCAACUGGUGAGAGAGAAUGGGAAAGCAGUUUACGAAAGCCAAGACAGACAAAAUUUUCCAUUAAUUCAACAGAAAGAGAAUCUUCUGUUAGCAAGAAAAUUUACCGGGAGUCUGCUUCCAAGCUUGCUGUAGCAGUAUGUGGUUAUCCUUACAAAAAACAAGGUUCUGCAACAUUUAGGAACAAAAGAUUUACUAACUCCAAAGUUAUUACUAAGGUUUCUCAAGAAAUUGAAAAAAAAUUAGAUGGGCCACCAUUAGCAUCUAUGGAAGACAUGAAGGUAAUACAAGUCAAAAACAUUGCCUCUCAGCCACUGCAACAAAGUGAAAGUGACAACAGUCUCCUUGCCACACGACGACAGGCUGAAAGGAAAAUCAUUAAAAUAGGGCCUCAAAAUGCCCAACUGAUUUGCUUACCACCAGAUGAGGAAGAUACAAGAAUAAAUCAUCAUGAAAGUGGACUGAAAAGUGCAUUAACUUUGCCCAUGACAGACAUGUGGUCUGCUAUAGUUUAUCGCCAGAAAUUCCACGGUUAUAUGCAAUUUAAUCCUAUGUACAGAGGUACACCACCACCAUGGGCUAUGGUUGACAGGUUAUCAGACCAUCUCAUUGAUCAAGUAUUGCAAGAAGUGACAAGUGAAAUGGAAUUGGUAAUUGAGUCUUUGAUAAAAAAUAUUUUUACCCUAGAAUUUGGAGAGGAAAAGGUAUUUCUAGGCCAGUCAUAAGACAAAGACACUUGUAUACAGACACUAAGCUUUAUUAUCUAUCAUUCACUUUCAUGGGAACCUUCAACACACCUACUUAAAUUAUCAGUUCUAAUUAUUUCCUUUCAUGCUACUACUAAGCAUAAAAUGUCAACCAUUCUUGUUGCAGUACAAUAAUAAAAAUUGUACAUGUCAAGAUAUGCAUAAACAUUUGAGUUACAGCUAAUAACAUUAAUGAGAACUUAAUUAUGUUGUUGUUUUUAAUGUUUAGACUGUCCUGCAUGUGGAAUUUUUAGAGGAAACAUGAAAUGGCUAACCUUCACAUGACAUAAAAGAACUUGACAUUGUUAACGUUGGUAAACUGUGUAAGAUUCAUAUUUUAAAAUGAAUAAAAUAUUCAAUGUGAAACAUA